GGUUAAUCGAGUUACGAACUUUAACAAACUUGUUUUUCAUCACUGUAAAAUAGAAAUGUCGAAAUCAAUUACACUAGUGCUGAUUUUAACAGUUUCACUGCUAAUUUUACAAUCUACGGCAGAAACGGAAGAUUUGAAGCAAUCGAAAACAGCGACUUCAAAAGAAAUAGACUUGCAAACGCAAAAGCACUCAGAUUCUGAAUCAGACUCCCAGGAAAACAAGCAUAGACAUUCACACAAUCACUCUCACCAUUCGAAUUCACGCAAUCACCAAUCAAGUGCUGAAUCUCCGCGUCAUCAUGAUCACACACACUCGAAUUCACAUCACAAAUCGAACGGAGACGAGUCAUCAAGAAAUCGUUACGCACAUAGACGCACAGACUCGCGUCACUCAAACUCAAACGAAUCACACGAACAAAAAAAUCAAUAACUAGGAUUCCUACGCUCAACAGUUCAAUUCAAGAAUAAAAAAGUCUACACUAAUAAAUAGAGCGCUGAUAACAACUAUCGAAGCUAGCUAAAGUUAAUUACUCUGCACGCAACUAUGACUGAAAACUUAUAACAGAAUUCAACUCUCUAUGCACGGUGAAACUACGACGUCCCUGAUAGUUCGUGAAAUUCAUCGACAGACAGUUACCUUCAUCCCCUUUGAAUUAGGAAACUCUUGCAUCACAAUAAGAAUGGUCGGGGCGUUUUGGAAUUCAACCAUGGACGACUUUGGGAUAUGUUAUUCUAACUAAUGUGUAUCGAUCGUGUCAAGGAAUACAAUAUUGCACGAUGUGUGUAGUCUGAUAACGGGUAAACUUUGGGUUUUUUUAAACGAUAUAUUCUAUUUAAUUUCGUGACAAAAUUGUUAUAUAAAAUAUUCCUGUCAUAAAGUCCAUUUGUCUCUUUACUGUAUUGAUGUGUGCCAUAUAUUUCUCUGUAGUAACAUACCAAUAAAUUCAUAUAAGAACCAAUGAAAAUAUGAUAUACUUUUUUUUAAAUAUGAUUCUUCUUUAAAUACUAAAUACGUAAAUUGACAGAUAUAGUACCAACUGUCUAUUAUUCAAUCAUUGGGUAUCUUAUUUGCAUUGAUAACGUUGCUUGAACUACUUAUCAGCAAGUUUCUGUAUAUUCCACCGAAAAGUAACUCGUCACAUUUGGACGAACUGAUACUACGCAGAACACGUACAAAAAUUUUUUGACAAUGUUGAGAUCAAUAGCAAUUCACUUUUUAUUAGCAGUUAUACUACUAGCAACACAAGUAUCAUCAAAACCAAGCAAUACCAAAAAAUUCCAGUUUCCAACACAAUAUCCAUACGCAGUGGCAAUAGAUUCACGAUUGUUCAUAAUAUCGAAGAAUCAAACGCACAUCCGUAUCGAUUCAGAUAAAAAAAACUACAUACCAUGCGAGGUUGCUGUGAACAAAACGGAAUACGGCAUUCCAGAAAGGAUUAAAGCUACAGUACUCGGAUCGAAGAAAAUCGUCGUCUACGGAGUACAUAACUCCAGUGAAAACCUAAUGAUCAAAUCUGUGUUCCACACAGUUCUGAUAAUAGACCCACAACGUUGUGAAUUGAAGAAAUUGGAAGGUCUUAUUCAAGAUAAAGUACCGUUGUUUUUUCCAGUGACUUUAGCCGAGAUUGUCGUUCGUAAAAACAAUCAGUUUGAUGUUUUUUAUUUGGGCCCUAAAGAAUGUGCACCGUGUCGCUUCGACGACGAAGGCAGGAAAAUUCAGUUAAACCAACAGUACAAAGCUGAUCGUACAACGCCAAUGGAAUUUCAUGUGAAACCGCUUGAACAAAAUGGCGGCUAUGCUUAUGCAUUGAAUUUAGAAAAUGGUUCAUCGGUAUUGAAGGUGCUCGAUCCAAAUUUUACAGUGCUGAGUCAGUUUUCUAUGAAUAAUUCGAUCUUUGAUGUAUCUACAAGUUCAAGAUCUGAUAAAGUAUUUAUUGGUGUUACGUACAAUAUACCAGAUUCUCCCUACGAAUUCUUCUACACACUGUUCAACCAUCAUUUACAACCUAUCUUUACAAAUCGCUUAGAAGAAAUCAAUACCGAUCAUCUAGGAUUGGAUGCUCUGUCCAACAUCGAUUUAAAAGGCAAUUCGAUUAUCAGCUUCCAGCAGAUGUCGGAAGAAGAAGGUGAUAGUAUAAUUACUGUCGUAAGUUAUGAUAGCAACGGCAUAAAAAUUAGCAACUCAUCUCAAGAAUUAAUCAAGAUCCCGGAUGAUGCGUUGUACGAAGCGCAGAGUUUGAUGAUUAAUGAUCACAAGUAUUGCUUUGCACUUCACAAGGUUGAUGAAACAUUUGGAGAGACUACAAUCCAAUGCAUAAAUGUUAAUAAGGGAACAUGAUAUAUAAAAAGAGGACUAUUUAAUAUGAAAUGGACAUCAUUGAUUUGGUUUGUUUGGCUCUAAAAUUAUCAUUUUACGCUGUUUAGUAAAACUGUAUUACAUGAAAUUCUAUCUAUAUUUAAUUAAAUUGAAGGCGGUAAUCCCAUAUUAAAAUAGUUCCCCGUUAGAUAAUAAAUUGCGUGUAAUCUUAUCUAUUUUCUUUGCGAUAAUGUACCCUUGCGUCCGCGCCCCCGAUUUUCUCCACGCCCCCGCUCCAAUCAGGGCCCAAAAAUCCAGCGAGGAAAAUCAGAAGAAACAAACGGACCAAUUAACACAUCAUUGCCUGCUCCACUCCUCCCGAAACCGAGAGGCUGAGAGAGGGACUCAUCACCCAACCACCCACCUGAUAUAAAAAGGGCUGCACAAGACCCAAAGGGCAGUUGUCAGUUGUCGUAGCGUCUGUGCAAAGCAGAGAUUGAGUACCAGUAAGUGAGUGCUGAAGAAAGCACAAGGAUCAGUUAACCAAGAAGUCAACCAAGAAGUAAAGCAGCCAAGAAGACAAAUAGAUCAAGAAAAGACUGAAGGAAGUACAAGAGACUAAACAAGAAGUGAGUGAAAGAGCUAAGUUAUACAGCCUGAGAUGAAAAUAGUCUGAUGAUCGUCCACACUAAGUUCUCGCGAACUCAGUGCUAACUUUCGAAAAACUUAGCGAAAUCGUCAGAAAUUUCCAACACUGUUGGGAUUAACCAGCGUAGUUUCGUAGAAAAAAACUUAGAAAUUUCUUGGAUAGUUAUACGUGUUACUCAAGAAGAUAUUCUCAGGUCCCGUUCAUCUCCCAGGAUAUUACUCCAAGGAGUUAGGCUCUGAAUCUAUCAAAGGAGGCAUAGUACUCUCCAUAAUAAGACCAAUCUUUGGGAUUAACCUUAAAUUUAUUCUAUUAUCCUCCUAUGCGUGGAUAGACUCAGAGUGAUAUCUCUCAUCGACGCAGGGAGCCGGUAUUAUUACAAAAUCGCGGGCAAUCAGUUUACGCAGGAUCGCUCCUUACACACUGUUUUCGCAACUCCCAAAAUCUUACAUAAAUUAUUACAGCGAA